GAAUGGGGUUCUGACAUGGUCAAAGAAAACAUUCUCAACUCAGCCACAGUGAAGUACACGGAUUUCUUGUUAGCAACAGCCUCGGGGAAGAUUGAAGGAGUAAAAGGCCCUGGAAAACUUGCAACUCCUUUUGAGAAAACAAAACUUGCAGCUUACACUUUAGGUGCCAUGACUCCUUGCAUGAGGCUUUAUGCCUUUAUAGGGAAGGAGGUUCAGGCACUUCUUGAUUCCAAUGAAAGCAGUCAUCUCUACAAGACGUGGAUUGACAAUUAUUCCUCUGAAAGUUUCCAGGAUUCAGCGCUGCAAACCGAGGACUUGUUGGACAAAUUAAGUGUCUCUUUGACAGGAGAAGAGAUUGACAUCAUUGAGAAGCUUUAUCAUCAAGCUAUGAGACUCGAAAUAGAGUUCUUCUGUGCUCAGCCACUUGUUCAACAAACUGUUGUUCCCUUGUCAAAAGUGCACAACCCUUUAGAACAUCGUUUUAUGAUAUUUUCUGAUUUUGAUUUGACAUGCACUGUUGUUGAUUCGUCUGCAAUUUUGGCAGAGAUUGCAAUAGUAACAGCACCAAAAUCUGAUGAGAGUCAACCUGAAAAUCAAAUUGCUCGGAUGUCAUCAGUUGACUUGAGAAACACAUGGGGAGUUCUUUCUAGUCAGUAUACAGAAGAGUACGAACAAUGCAUUGAGAGCAUUUUGCUCACUGACAAAGUUGAGAAAUUUGACUAUGAAGGAUUGCAUAAAGCACUUGAGCAACUCUCUGAUUUUGAGAAAAGGGCAAAUUCUAGAGUGAUUGAAUCUGGAGUCCUCAAGGGUCUGAAUCUUGAAGACAUAAAACGAGCUGGAGAGCGUCUUAUUCUCCAAGAUGGUUGUACAGGUUUCUUCCAGAGCAUCAUAAACAAUGAAAAUCUGAAUGCAAAUGUCCAUGUACUUUCAUAUUGUUGGUGUGGUGAUCUCAUUAGGUCAGCGUUUUCAUCAGGGGGUUUGGAUGUUCUGAAUGUACAUGCGAAUGAGUUUGUCUAUGAAAACUCCAUAUCUACGGGUAAAAUUGUUAAAAAGGUUGAGUCACCAAUCGAUAAGCUUCUAGCUUUCAGUGAUAUCCUAAAGAACAGCAGCAGUGACAGAAAGGGCUUGACUGUUUAUAUUGGAGACUCAGUGGGUGACUUACUUUGUCUGCUUGAAGCAGAUGUCGGAAUUUUACUUGGAUCGAGUUCAAGCCUAAGGAGGGUGGGCAGUAAUUUUGGUGUUUCUUUUGUUCCAUUGUUCCCUGGCUUGGUUAAUAAGCAGAAAGAAUGUGUUGAAGGAAACUCUUCUAGUUGGAAGGGGCUAUCUGGCAUUCUUUAUACGGUCUCUAGUUGGGCUGAAAUAUAUGCUUUAUUUUUGGGGCCGUAGAAUCUUUUUCUUUUGUUCAUGAGUCCAUCAUGUUAAGUUAGGACAAAUGAAGGAAUCUUUACAUAUAAUAGAACACAGAUAUAUACAAGUUGGUGGCUAAUUUCAUUACGGGCCACAGAUUUAAGUGUUUUAUUCCCUUUUUGUCUUUCUACAAGGACUUCUGUUCAGAGAUGUAAAUGUCUAUCUUUUGGCUGGUUGUGUUAAACGGGGUGUUGAGAGGUUUCAUGCGGUAAUCGUCCCAUAAUGGAGGGUGUUCUAUAAUAAUUCCAGAUUAAGUUUGAUACUUUGUACUUUCACAGGUUGUUGCUGUCAGUUAUUUUGCGGAAUGGCAAUUUAGUGAAGACUAUGGAUUUUAUUGAAGACUAUGGAUUUUAUGUAAUAUUGGUUCUGAAAAGCCAGUUCUUGAUCUUUCAAUUCUCUGCUUCUCUGUAUAGUAUGGUGUAACUUUACCAUGGAAUAAUAGUUUUAUAGUCAAAUAUAUCCUAAUUUUGAUGGCAUUUUCAGAGAGGAUUAUCCUUGUUCAGCAUAAAGAAGUUUAUAAUAUUGUUCUUUCCCAUUGCA